AACAGAUGACACUGGAGAGGAGGGCGCCAAAUAGGAAGCACGGCAGAUGUGUGUCCCACACUGACAACAAACUGCCUCCUCAACCACCGUAUCUGUACUGCUGUACUGUCACCCAUAAGGUCUUGAUUAGUCGAUCCCGUGCGGAAACCUGAUCCAGACAGAACAACCCCCUACCUGGACGAGGACGAAGCCCGAAAUCAUGGAGGCAGACAGCUUGAGCAUAUGGCCUCGUAUGGAGCCCUUCUUACUAGGUGCCCUGCAGGUGUCUCCAUCCUCCAAGCUCAGCCUGCAUUACCUUCGGAAGAUGGCAGUCUACGUGCGGACCCGGGACGGCUGCUUCCCUGUCCUGGGCUGGCCAAUGUGGAGACAUAUCGCCUGUGGAAAGCUACAGCUUCCAGAAGACCUUGCAUGGCUCUACUUCGAGACCUUUGACCUUUUGAUAGGACACACUCCAGAGAAGAGGCUGGAGUGGGCCGAGUGUCUUUCACAGUGUUCCUCCAAAAGUGAGCUGGACCAACAGAGGAGCAAGUUGUCUGUGGACACACUACAGUUCCUCCUCUUCCUCUACAUCCAGCAGCUGAACCGCGUGUCUCUGCGUACAUCUCUGAUUGGAGAAGAAUGGCCGAGCCAUCGAACUCGCUCACCCUCACCGUCAGACCGUGAGGCCAAGACAAGCUCUCAGAUAAAGAACUGGGAUGACCAGGCCCACUUGUCAUUUGUGCAAAGCCAUUUAAUGGAGAUUCUGGAGCUCCUGGUGGAGCCGGGCCAGCUGUCUCAGUCCGGACAGGCCCUCAGAGACGGUCAGAUAUCUCUGGAAGUGGUGCAGAGCCUCGACUUUCUGCUGGAGGGCUCAGUUUGUCCAGGUAAAGCCGUUCAGCCCGUCCACUGGCUGCUGACCAAAGGUCCACUCCAAACACAAGCUGGCUACUCCACACUGAGCCGCUCCUUCCCUCUGCACAAGCUCCACACCUGCCUCCAACACUGCCUCACUCUCAAUCCCUUUGGGUUCACCGCCUGCCUCCGCUCAGGCAAGAAACUGGCCUGGGCUCAACAAGUGGAAGGUGCCAUGAAGAGAGCCAAGAUAGCUAGGAACACUCACAUGGCUCCUCCCGGCAGUAAGAUGGUGCUGAUGUCCCAAGUCUUCAAACAGACUCUGGCUAAAACAUCAGACAAGCUGACGGGCGCCAACAUCAAAAUCCACAGAUGCUCCGAUGCCUUCAUAUACCUUCUGUCACCUCUCCGCUCCGUCAGUGUGGACAAAUGUCGUGACAGCACGCUGGUACUUGGUCCUGUUGAGACCAGCGUCCACAUCCACGGCUGCCAGAACGUACGGGUGGUGUGUGUUGCUGGCAGGAUCGCUAUCGGCGCCUCGUCGCGCUGCACCCUCCACAUCCUGACACCCACUCGCCCUCUGCUCCUGCCUGGAAACACAGACGUCACCCUGGCUCCCUUCCACACCUUCUACCCAUCCCUGGAGGAUCACAUGGCCACUGUGGGGCUGGCGGUCGUCCCCAACGCCUGGGACCAGCCAUUGCUUCUGGGCACCGAAGGCCUUGCCAACCCCUCUCUCAAUGCAUCGGCCAUCUCAGACCCUGCCGCCUGCUAUCGCCUGCUGCCUCCAUCAGAGUUUCACACCCUGGUGGUGCCUUUCCAGAUGGAGGGAGACACCUGUGAGGUGCCUGGUGGACUUCCCCCUCCAUACCAGGCAGCGCUAGAUGAAAAACAGAAGCGGAUCCAGAACUGGCAGAAGACUGUGAUGGAGGCCCGGCUGAACAAGGAGCAGAAGCGUCAGUUCCAGGAGUUGGUGGAGCUCAAGUUCCACGAAUGGCUCCUGGAAACAGGACAUAGGCAGGAACUUGACAGCUUGAUUCCACAGACGAUCGCCUCCGUGGAGGUGACAGACAGCGUCCAAGUUAACAACACCAAGCAUGUUAGGGCUGGACGGGUGGUGGGUCAGUCACCUAUGGCCUGUUGAGCUGUUGGGUCAGGAUGAUUGAACUAGACUUUCUGUAAAGUUGUUAAAGUUUGCUCAGCCAGCUUUUAGAGCAACUUAAAGUUAGGUCAGGCUUUACAGUUCUUCUUAAAAACAGGCAGCUGAGUUCUUCCUACGUCUAAGGUAAACAAGGAGUGGAUUGGCAUGUUGUAGAGCAACAUACUCAAGUGUCACUGUGCAGUUCAAUAAACACAGGUGGCGCAGGUGUAGGCUUUGAAAAGGGACGUAAACAGGUAGCGAGUGAAAAAAAGGAACAAUGAUAUGUCAACAUUUUUCAUUUUGAAGAGAGAAGUGGAGACUUGUGGAAACAAAACACAGUCUGAGACAUUUAAGGGAUUUGAUUCAUGAUCCUUUAUGUAAAAUAUUCCAGUAAAUGAAGCGGAUGUACGUUUAAAGAUGGAGAAUAACAAGUAAAUUUAGCACUUUAGGUGUAGAGGACAUGUUACUGAAGCUCAGGUCAUAAUAAAACAUUACUAAGUAACAUUAAUAAACAUUGUUAAUAUCUAUCAAGGGUUCCAUCAUGGAGGUAAAGGAAGGGGCAUUAAAGUAAUUUAUGUGUGAUGACGUCAUUCAAACACAGAAUAAGUCGGCGCUGGUGCUCGUACCUGACGUUGCUUUCGGAUUCAUUCUGGACUUUUAACUGACGUGCCAGUUUCUAAACGUGUUUUUUUUUUUUGUAUUGGUAUUAUUAUUACAUAUAUAUUUUUUGCCUCCCGAACAAGUUUUAGUAUUUAAUUACCUUCAAGUGUACUUCAGGCUGUCUGCUUCCUCUUUGCACAUUUGCAUUACAACAUGUUCCACAACAUUACAAACAACUGAGCUGCUGUACGUCUUCAAGGCAGCAUUGAUUUUUUAUUUAUUUUUUUUUUUGCAGGAUGAAUGUGGACUUUAAAAUAGUACUGUAAAAGUAUUUACACUGUAAAAAAUCCUAACAUUCCUGUUAAUCUGAGCACAAAAUGAAGUUUGAUUGUUAAAAUGGAAAAUAAUAAAUGUUUUGACUAAAAACAA